GAGUAAACUACAACACACCUGUCGAGUUGGCCGACAGGUUUCGCACGCAAUGGCGAACACCAUGUUACGGGUGUCGGACGAGCAGAUCGACAAAGUUCUUGGUUAUGAUGUACUUAUUGACGCCAUAGAGGACGCGUUGAGAAAGUUCUCAUCCAUGGCCAGAAUCGGGCGUCGUUCAGCCCGUACGGCCCACCAUUAUGAUUCCUAAACACGACGCGUUUUUUGCAGCCAUGCCUGGGUACAGUGAGCAUGAUGAUGCUCUGGUGACGAAGCUUGUGUCGUUUUUCCCAAAUAACAAGAAUGUGCAUAGCCACAAUGCAAUAUUGGUUGUGAUGGAUGCAAACACUGGCAUUCCCAAAGCUAUACUAGAUGGAAAUCUUAUCACAGCCAAACGAACAGCUGCUGCAUCAGCUGUUGCCACAAAGUACUUGGUGAACGGGACGCCAGAAAUCCUCGCAAUCCUUGGAGCUGGAUGCCAAGCACGUACUCAUUUUGAUGCAUUGUCACACCUCUACAAGUUCAAACAGGUACGAAUUUGGAAUCAUAGAUUUGAGAGUGCUGAAAAGUUAUCUAAGGAUGUUGGUGCGGUUGUAUGUAAGACUGCCGAGGAGGCCGUCAAGGAUGCUGAUGUGAUUGUCACAGUGACUGCAUCGCCCACUCCAGUGUUGAAGAAGGGCUGGGUGAAACCCGGAGCUCAUAUUAAUGCGGUUGGGGCGUGCAGAACCGACUGGCACGAGAUUGACCCCACCCUGAUGACAAGUGUUACACUGUAUGUCGAUGACGUGGAAUCGGCCACACAGCAGAGUGGUGAUAUUAUCAUUUCUAAGGCAAAAAUCUAUGGUGAAAUUGGUGAAGUGAUUCUUGGAAGAAAAGAUGCCAGGCGGACUGAAACUACACUGUUUAAGUCAAUGGGUAUUGCCAUUGAAGAUGUAAUAUCGGCCAAACUAGUCCUAGAUAGACUGGAACAGAAGUAAUCCUUUGUAUUAAACGCUGGCAUUUCUACUUCAACCAUCUCUAAAAUUGGCGGGAGAAAUUAAUUUUUUAUACAAGCACCACACCCACAAAAUAAAAUUUCCAUAUAAACCAAGUAUGCAUAUGGAAAAAGAAUGUGGCAAACUUAUCAGGCACAACAUAAUAAUUUGGUGACUCCCUAUGUCUUGUUCCUCUGUCACCUGACCCCCAUAAUUUCUGAGCCCUUACAAUUCUUAACCUCAGUGAUUGACAUCAUUUUGGAAGUGAUUUUUAUUGUGUAGUAACAGCAUGAUACCACUUUCCAAUUGUUUAAAAAGAAACUGCUUUAAGCUCAGCCGUCCCCAAUGUUUGAAUACGGGUGUCGUUAUACUGGUUCAGUGAUUGUUCAGUGUGUGUGAUUCAGAACUGUUUUGUCAAUAUAUGCAAGCAUUAUGAAAUAUUUUAUGAGGUGAGUGAUUUACCUAAUAUUUUCAAGCUUGAAGGACUGAUGGUGAUACAUCUGACAAAUACAUAUACAUAUACCAGAGAUGCCAACAUGUCGAAACGGUUUUCAGGAAUCUUAAAAGCCAUUUUCAGGAAUAUGAUAGUAUUUUCAGGAAUCUUUACAUUCUUUAUCACUACAUGUGAACUAAAAUCUGAGAUGACAACUGAACAUUUUUUUAAAGUAUAGUACCUUUUUUACAGUGAAAUAAACAUGUUUCUGGCAUGACUGCUGGUUAUGGCGGCUUUACUUCUUCAAUGACUGAUAUGUUGCUGACUUGGCCUUCUUCAGCAAAUCAUCAGUAAAACUUAAUUCGUGGCAAAGAACAUCUGCAGCAAGCAUGCUGAACUUCUGUACUAGCAAAGCUGACAACUGCUCAUCAGACAAGUUUGGUCGGAACUCAGUUCUGUUUUUUCUAACUGUGCUAAAAAUUCUCUCACUGUCAGCAUUACUAUGUGGAAUAACCAAAAUUUGUUUCAUAACAUUUGUCAGUAAACCGUAUUUAGGAUUACCAUCAGCACUUGUCAGAUGUCCUAUGUUAUUCCAAAUGGUAUCAAUUCUCUCUAAACUGUCAGUGACAUUAUUGUGAGUAACCUCAGUGGAGAAUGUGUCCACUUGGUAGUGUAAAAAACUCCAUUUCUAAAUCAUCCAUUUUUCUGCCACCAAGUAAACUGGGGAACUUGUUGACAAAAUACUCAACUGAGGAAAACUGCUCAGUUUUCCUGAGACUAACAUCAGCAACUUCAGCACACAGCAGAAGCUCACUGUCAAGUGGACAUUUGCUGACUAUGUAAGUACAUGCUGCCGAAUAAAAUCUUCUGACAGACUCGAAGAAUAUAUCAAUCUCUCCUUUGCUAACUGCAUCUGCUUCUUCCAACGUGCGCAAAUAUUGUCUAGCCUCUCGUCCAAUAAACACUUCUGAAUUGUC